CCAGAGCCAUGUGAUGAAACACGAGAUCCCAUUAUGAAACGCUUGGGCUGAGGGGAGGGAGUAGCAGCUGCACCAAGCCUCUGUCCUGAUCCCAUGACAGCAAAGCCAGCAGUCCCGGGACUGGGGACAUAAAAGGAAGGAAGAGCUGACAGUUUUGUGAGGUAACUUCAACUUGGGAGAGUAGGCAAGCAGGAGCCUGGCUGGCUAGGCUGGGGUAUUUGAGGGGUUCCGGACGAGCAAGCAGCAGGGAAGCCUCUGAAGCCUCCAGUUGGUGCAGCCAGCUGCCCUCCUCCAGACUGCUCCCUGCAGCUGAAUUCAGAAUAGUUAUGACAAGAGAAGCCAAAAGUGCCAGCUGUCUGUGUCCUUGUCUUACACCCUGAAAUAAUGGCGCUGAAAGAAAAGGGGCCCCAGACUUCAACACAGUUGCGAGGGCAGGGAAUACCACUCCAUCCCUUUCCCAGUUGCCAAUGGUCCAGCUGACAGCCACCCCAGCAAGUGCCCUUGCAGAUGAACCAGUGCACAUUCGAGUGACGGGCCUGCGCCCGUUGCAGAUGGUGACCCUAAUGGCGUCUCUGAAGGAUGAGAAGGGGAAUGUGUUCUGGUCCAGAGCCUUCUAUAAGGCCAACGAGGUUGGUGAGCUGGACCUAAUGCAGACUCCUGCAUUUGGAGGUGACUACGUGGGGGUUCACCCAAUGGGCCUCUUCUGGUCUCUGAAGCCCAAGAAGGCUUUCCAGAGGCUGCUGAAGAAGGAUGUGAUGAACAGCCCCUUUUGGAUCACUCUGAACCUAUAUGACUCCGUUUGUUUUGAAGAUGUCAUCACAGAUCAGGUCAUGGCCAGCCAGGUGGUACAGCGCUGGUUCUCAGGCCCUGGGUUACAACGGGUGCAGAUCCGAGAAGGUCGGGUGCGAGGAGCCCUUUUUCUGCCUCCAGGGGAAGGUCCUUUCCCAGGAGUCAUUGAUUUGUUUGGGGGCAGAGGGGGUCUGGUUGAAUUUCGGGCCAGUCUUUUGGCUGCACGUGGCUUUGCGGUGCUUGCAUUAGCAUAUUUUGCCUAUGAAGAUCUGCCCAGUGACCUGCUGGAGAUUGACCUGGAAUAUUUUGAGGAAGCUGCCAACUUGCUACUAGCUCAUCCCAAGGUCCAAACGCCAGGAAUCGGGGUGAUCUCUGUGAGCAAAGGUGCAGAGAUUGGGCUGGCCAUGGCCUGCUUCCUGAAGCAGGUGGUAGCCACCAUCUGGAUCAAUGGGACCAAUGCCAUUUUUGAAUUUCCACUCAGGUACAAAGAUACGGUAAUAACACCCAUCCCCACGUUUGUAGAGCGCAUGCAGUUGGACAUCUCAGGGGCUAUGCGCCUCCGCCACUACAAGGGGGAUCCCUGGGAUGAACUGAAUCAGCAGAGCGUGCUUCCUAUUGAAAAGGCCCUGGGUUCGAUCCUCUUCAUUGUUGGAGAGAAUGAUGAAUGCAUGAAUAGCAAGGAGUAUGCCGAGCAGGCCUUGCACCAGCUGCGGAGCCAUGGGAGAAACAACGGAAGGAUGCUGUUAUACCCUGGGGCGGGCCAUCUCAUAGAGCCGCCCUAUUCACCCCUGUGUUACGCUUCCCCAAACAAGAACUUUUCUCUGCCUCUGCUUUGGGGAGGAGACCCUGCUGCCCAUGCCGCAGCCCAGGAGCACUCCUGGGGAGAGAUCCUGAAAUUCUUCAGGCAGCACCUUACUCAAACCAGGAGCAAACUCUGAACCAGGGCUAAGGGUGAUGAUGAGACAAAAAAAUGAGAAGGCAGGGAUAUGAUGGGAAGAGGGAGUUCUCCUGACUUCUGUAGAUUUCAUAGUUAUCCUGGGUCAAUUGGAAGGAAAUAGGACAAAAAAUCAAGGAACAAGGGCACAGGUGCACCAGAAGUAUUUCUGACAAAUUUGUAUGUGAUCUGAAUGUUUAAUAAACUGAAUCUUCAUUUAUAUGCACCAGGGUACAUUGCUAUCUCAAUAUUGCAAUACCCUUGUAAACUGAAUAAUCUUGUUUCCCAAGUAGGAAUACCUUGGAUCCAGGUAUUGUCAAUCUACAUGAAUUUCCAAGUUACUUGUGGAAAAACAUUUUCUGUUUAAAAUUGAAUUUCUGACAUUUGAAAUGAAAAGUUCUAAUGCCACCAUCAAAUGUAAUGCUUGUUAUAGAUUUCCAAAGCAUACUUUAUUUUUGUAUAAAGCUCAGGAUAGUGAUGUUUUGUAUAAAGCUCAGGAUAGUGAUGUUUCUUUUUACUCCUAAAAUAUAUUUCUUUUUAAAAUUUAA